AUGUCUGAUGUUUAUUACGACGAUGUGAUCAGGUUUCAGUCUCAAGGAAUGGACAGAGUGAGAGAAGAGAUGAUGGUGGAUAUCUAUGAGAGUGCAGAUUCUGUGAGAGAUCAUAACUUCAGGACAGAAACAGACUCCAAUACAAACACACAACAACCACUUCAGAAUACAGGAAGUGAGUGUGUGAGGAACAGGAGCUCCAGAGCAGCUACAGUGUGUUUGGGGCUGCUGUGUGUUCUUCUGAUGGUUGCAGUCAUAGUCCUGUGUGUCCAACUCAAUACAAACAUUCACCAGUGUCAAAUCAAGAGCAAAAACCUCACAGAAGAGAGAGACCAGCUACUAACCACGAUCAAUUAUCUAAAAUCAGAGAAGGACCAGUUAGAAUUCAAGAUCCAAAACAUGACAAAAGAAAAGAAAGAUCAGUCAAGUGAACAUUUAAACCAGGACAAAGAAGACAUGUGGAAGCAUCUUCAUGAAAUGAAAGACGGAUGGAUUUAUUAUCAAUUCAGUGUUUACUAUAUUUCCUCUGAGAUGAAGAGCUGGAGUGAAAGCAGAAGAUACUGUACAGAGAGAGGAGCAGAUCUGAUGAUCAUAAACAACACAGGAACAAAUGACGAUAUAAUUGUAUUGUUGUUAUAUAAUGUGUCAUUUCAGGAUUUUGUUAUUAAUAUUUCUGGUGGUAACCAAGUCUGGAUUGGUCUGACUGACAGUGAUGAAGAAGGCACAUGGAAAUGGGUGAAUGGCAGCACACUGACCUCUGGAUUCUGGAGGAAUGGAGAACCCAAUGGCUAUGUAAAAGAGAACUGUGCUCUAAUUCAGUCAUCACGGUGGCAUGAUUAUCCAUGUAAUAAUGCUUAUAAAUGGAUCUGUGAAAAGAGCAUUAUAAGACCAAAGACUGUCAUGUAGCCCCAACUAAAUUUUUUCAGUUUACACCAUAAUAAAUCAUGCUGUUCCAUAAAUAAAAAAAAUAAAAAAACAUUUUUAA